CGGCCGCGGCAGAAACCCCGUCGGUGCGCGCGCGCGCGUGCGUGAGCAGCGCCUCCCGCCAUUUUACGUGAUCGGGAAUCAAGCGGAGCUCCGCCGGGGAGUCGUUCACCCGCCCCAGAACACACACUCAACACGAGCACACCCGAACCGACCAGCAGAACCCCGUCAGAUUUCUGGAGACAUGGCCACAGAACAUAUUAAUGGGAAUGGUACAGAGGAGCCGAUGGACACGUCUGCUGCAGUUACCCAUUCUGACCACUUCAACACUUUAUUAGAAGCUGGUUUACCACAAAAAGUUGCUGAAAAGCUAGAUGAGAUUUACCUAGCAGGCCUCGUGGAGCACAGCGACCUGGACGAGAGGGCCAUCGAAGCGCUGAAGGAGUUCGAUGAGGACGGUGCACUGCAAGUUCUGGUCCAGUUCAAAGAGAGCGACCUGUCCCAUGUGCAGAACAAAAGUGCCUUUCUCUGUGGAGUGAUGAAGACCUACAGGCAGAGAGAGAAACAGGGGACCAAAGUUGUCGAUUCCACCAAAGGACCAGAUGAAGCAAAAAUCAAGACUUUGCUUGAGAGGACAGGCUACACCCUGGAUGUCACUACAGGUCAGCGCAAGUACGGCGGCCCUCCGCCAGAGUCCGUCUACACAGGUGCUCAGCCCACGGUCGGGACAGAGAUCUUUGUGGGGAAGAUCCCGAGGGACUUGUUUGAAGACGAGCUCGUGCCUCUGUUUGAGAAGGCAGGGCCGAUCUGGGACCUGCGGCUGAUGAUGGAUCCUCUGAGCGGCCUGAACAGGGGCUACGCCUUCCUCACGUUCUGCACUAAAGAGGCUGCACAGGAGGCUGUCAAGCUAUGUAACAAUCAUGAAAUCCGUCGUAUUGGCGUGUGUAUAUCAGUGGCAAACAACAGACUCUUUGUGGGCUCCAUUCCCAAGAGCAAGACAAAAGAGCAGAUUGUUGAAGAGUUUUCCAAAGUCACAGAGGGUCUUACUGACGUCAUCCUUUACCAUCAGCCGGACGAUAAGAGAAAGAACAGGGGCUUCUGUUUUCUGGAGUACGAGGACCACAAAACGGCAGCACAGGCUCGACGGAGGCUCAUGAGCGGGAAGGUGAAGGUCUGGGGCAAUGUGGUCACCGUCGAGUGGGCCGACCCUAUUGAGGAUCCUGACCCGGAGGUCAUGGCAAAGGUGAAAGUGUUGUUUGUCAGGAACCUGGCCAACAGCGUCACAGAGGAAAUACUUGAAACAGCGUUCGGCCAGUUUGGCAAACUGGAGCGAGUGAAGAAACUGAAAGACUACGCCUUCAUUCACUAUGACGAGCGAGAUGGAGCGGUCAAGGCGCUGGCAGAAAUGAACGGUAAAGAUCUAGAGGGGGAGCACAUUGAGAUUGUGUUCGCCAAGCCACCCGACCAGAAGCGGAAAGAGAGGAAGGCGCAGCGUCAAGCAGCGAAGACGCAAAUGUAUGAUGAUUACUACUACUAUGGGCCUCCUCAAAUGCCGCCUCCUGCCAGGGGCCGGGGCCGGGGUGCCGGUCGGGGUGGUUACUCCUACCCGCCAGACUAUUACGGCUACGAAGAUUACUACGAUUAUUAUGGUUAUGAUUACCAUAACUACAGGGGCGGCUACGACGACCCGUACUUCGGCUACGAUGACUUCCAGGCGCCCGCUCGAGGCAGAGGAGGGCGCGGCGGGGCUCGAGGCGGGGUGUCUCCGGUGCGUGGCAGAGGGGCCAGCGCUCCACGGGGCCGGGCGGGCUUCCCCCAGCGCGGAGGUCUGGGAGCGAGCAGGAGCCCACGCGGAGGAGCCAGAGGCGGGGUUCUGCCGAGAGGGCGCGGGGUACGUGGUGCUCGGGGUGGACGCGGUGGAAAUGUAGGAGGCAAGCGCAAAGCCGAUGGCUACAACCAGCCAGAUUCCAAACGGCGCCAGACCAUUAAUCAGAACUGGGGCUCGCAACCCAUUGCACAGCAACCCUUGCAAGGUGGCGAUCAUUCUGGUAACUAUGGUUACAAAUCUGACAACCAGGAGUUUUAUCAGGAUUCUUUUGGGCAACAGUGGAAGUAGAGAAUGUAGGGCUCUUUUGUUUUCUUUUCCAAAAAAAAAAAAAAAAAACCCAAACCUUUUUAUAGAGACUUGAUUGGCCCUCAAAUCCAUUAAAGGUUGCUCUCUCCUUUUCCUGGCGGGUUUUCUUGUACAUAUUUUAAGAAUCCGCUUGGACUCGAUCAGUAGUCACUCCCUCCUGCUUCUGCCGAACUGUUUUUGUUUUAUGUUUUGUUUGGAAGUCGUUUCCUACUUUUUAAAAUCGGGAUUGAAAUUUUUAAAUUUGCAGUUUUGUGCUCUACCUGUCUAUUUGGCUAUAGUACCUUGUGUGUUCAUAGGAAUUCUGCUCUUCAUGUCUAAAGUAGGUAACAGCAACAAAAAUAAUAAAAAAAAUAAAGUGUCUCCUAAACUUGUAUUCAACGAAAAAAAAAAAAUGAAAUUACUAUUUGUUUGUUAUAAAAGAUAAUGCUAGUCAAAUAGCUUGUCUUGUUUUUGGGGAAAACGAUAAAAAAAAAAAAAAAAGGACUUUGAUCCAAAUUUUUGGCUUUACAUUUUGGCUUGUAUUCUUUGCUGUUUGUCUGCUUGAAUAAACAUACACGCACCAGUGUACAAAAACUCAAA